AUGGGGCCCCCGGGCAAUAGGGGAUCAUUGGGCCCCUGUGUCCUUGCCCACACUCAAAGCAUACCCAAAAAAGUCUAUAAAAUGUACCAGGUGCAUUUCAUGGGGCCCCCUACUGACCCCGGCAGUGCCCCAGUACUUUAAUGGUCAGUCCGCCCCUGACUGGGUCAUUUGGUGAGCCCACAGGGCAGACUGACAACUUAUGGGGCCCCUGGGCAAUAGGGGAUCAUGGGGCCCCUGUGUCCUUGCCCAAACUCAAAAAAGCCUAUGAAAAAGGUACCAGGGGCAUCUCAUGGGGCCGCCUACUGACCCCGGGCCCUUGGGCAUUGCCCAAGUUUCCAAAUGGUCAGUCCGCCCCUGGU